GUGACGGAGGCCAUCCCGAGCCCGCAACGUCGACAAGACCUACCUGCCUUCGUUCCUCUACUAGAAUCAUGUCCUUCCUUCGUCUCGCCGCGCGUAGUCUCCCCCGCUCUGGGGCUCUCCUCGCACCCCGGACAGCGACCGCUAUCCCCCAAUUUCGGGGCCGGGUCUUUCAAAGUGCUUUCUUCUCUGCUGAGGCUGGUCUGUCCAAAGGAGAUAUUACUGCGCGUGUCAUAGACGUAUUGAAGGGCUUUGAGAAGGUCAGCCCGGAAAAGCUCACCGAGACCUCGAGGUUCUCAGAAGACCUUGGCUUGGAUAGUCUGGACGCGGUGGAGGUCGUAAUGGCUGUGGAGGAGGAGUUCGCCAUUGAAAUUCCGGACGAGGAAGCGGACGAGAUCAAAACUGUGCAGCAAGGUACGAGUCUCCGCUGUGUCACUGCAACUUCCAACUCAUCGUAUUGUUCAGCUAUCGAAUACAUUGCCAAGACACCAGAAGCGAAAUAGGUCUGGUACACAUGACGGGUUGUGGUCAUGUAUUUAGUGCCAAUCGUCAUUCGCAUUUACUUUGUCUGAUUGCAAUUGACUCGUCCCUUCGGUUGACUUCGUGCAGUCCGGACCCUUCUUGCGCCAUCCGAUCGAUAUGAC